AUGGAGGAUAGUAGAGGCACGAAUGAUGACGAAUCGGCACAACAAGAACAACUAAAAACUAUGAUUUUGGAAGAGGUUGGAAAGGAAAUCCAGGCAAAUAUUCCUCGGUUAGCCCAAGAAGUGGAGAGUCAUGUGUUGGAAGUGGUGGAAACGAUGAUGGCGAGUAAGAUGGACGAGUUAAAAGGGAUGAUUGGUGAAAUACAAGGAAAGAAGGGGACUCGCAAAUGCACAUACAAGGAAUUUAUGGCGUGUAAUCCUUUACCCUAUAAAGGAGAGAUUGAUCCUAUUGCAUGUCAAAGAUGGAUCGCAAGCACGGAGGCGGUGUUCGUGAGGAGCCACUGUGAAAAAGAAGAUCAAGUAAUGUUUGCCACUGGCUUGUUACAACUACAAGCUAAAGAUUGGUGGGAUGCUUUUUGUAAAGAAAUUGGUGAAGAAAAAAUUCAAGCCUUGACAUGGCAAGAGUUCAAAGAACCUUUCGUAAAGUAUCACUGCCCGCAAUCUGCCAUCGAUAGGAUCCAAGAAGAUUUCUUGCGUCUUCGUCAAAAAGACGAAACAAUUGAUGAAAUCACCAACUCAUUUCUCGACAAGCUGAAAUUUUGUCAAGAGAUAGCAGGAACGGAAAGAAUGAAGAUAAUUCGCUAUCAUAGCAUGCUAAAAGCUGAGUAUAGGGAGUUUAUAACUCCCUCUAAAUGUGAAACCUUGAACGAGCUCAUUAAUUGGGUCCGAGAUAGGGAGAUCGAACUAAGAAGGCAAGCAGAAAGAGGCGAGAAGAGAGCAUCUGAGAAUGUUCCCAACUCAAGCCCGUCAAAGAAACAGAAAUUUCAAGAUCAUGGCAAGAAGGAUAAGGCGAAAGGUUCCAAGCUUCAACAGAAAACUGAUAAGGAAGUAAGAAAGGAGGAAGUCCCAAGAGCUAAGGGGAGAAUGUUUCAGAUUUCGACUAAAGAAGCAAAGGACCACCCGAAUGUUGUGUCAGUUUGUAGAAAUCGUGAAAUCAUCGUUGAAGAUGAGAAGUUUGCCAUUGAUCUUAUUCCCAUGGUAUUGGGAGAAUUCAAGGUUGUAGUUGGCAUGGAUUGGCUAGCCAAACAUUAUGCUGAAAUUCAAUGCGAGAAAAAGGUGAUUCAUGUAUUAACACCGGGAGGAAAACGAGUGAGUAUACAAGGGGAAAGGAAUGUUAAUUCGAAACUUUAUUCUAUAGUCCAAGCAUUCAAGUAUGUACGAAAUGGAAGCAAGGCAUUUCUAACUUACGUGAUAGAUACUAACCAGGAUACCCCUAGGAUAGAAGAGGUUGAAGUUGUGAACGAAUUUCUUGAUGUAUUUCCGGAAGAUUUGCCAGGGCUUCCACCAGAACGUGAGGUGGAUUUUAAGAUUGAAUUGUAUCCCGAUGCCAAACCCGUAGCCAAAGCUCCUUAUAGGUUGGCCCCAACUGAAAUGCGGGAGUUAAUGGUUCAGAUACAAGAGUUACACGACAAGGAAUUUAUACGCCCGAGCGUAUCGCCUUUAAGGGUACGGGAUGAGGAUGUGGUGAAGACGACAUUCAGAACACGAUACGGACAUUACGAGUUCUUAGUAAUGUCCUUUGGGUUCACGAACGCGCCCGCCACGUUCAUGGAUCUUAUGAAUCGAGUUUGUCGGGCCAUGUUAGACAAAUUCGUUAAAGUUUUUAGUGAUGAUAUCUUGGUUUAUUCCCGAAGUAAAGCCGAACAUGCGUACCAUUUGCGUGAAAUUCUUAAAGUGCUCCGCAAGGAGAAAUUCUACGCGAAAUUCUCUAAGUGUGCUUUUUGGCUUAGAGAAGUACAAUUUCUCGGUCAUGUGAUUAAUGCGGAUGGUAUCCUAGUAGAUCCGUCAAAAAUGGAAGCUGUUAUGAAGUGGGUACCUCCGAAGAACCCAAGCGAAGUGAGAAGCUUUUUGGGUUUAGCAGGCUAUUAUAGGAGGUUUAUUCAAGACUUUUCUAAAUUGGCCCUGCCGUUGACCAAGUUAACAAAGAAGAAUGAGAAGUUUACAUGGGGUACAGAUCAAGAGAAAGCAUUUCAAACUCUGAAGAGAAACUGUCAAGCUCCCGGUAUUAACCCUACCUGA